CGGCAACGGCGACCCCACCGCCUCUGCCAGCUUCAGGCCUCCGCUCGAGGCCGAGGAGGCCGUCGUGGAGGCACUCCGCUCCAAGAAGCACAACGGCUACUCCCCAACCGUCGGUUUCCUGCAGGCGCGCCGGGGCUAAAAUUUAGCCCGGGAUCAAACACCCCCAGAGUCCGAAAGGAAGCGGAAGGGAGAAAAUUCCGGUGUUGAAAAAAAAAGAAACACAAGGAAAAAAAAGAAACACCGAGCUUGAGCAGUCACCAGUGGGACUGUGGGAGAGAUCCAAGCGAUGGAGGGGAACGGCGGCGCCAGCGCGACGACAUGGCGUAUCUCCCGGCCGCCCGGGCGGGGUGCGCCGUGGUUGGACGCCGGGAGCAUGAGCAUCCGCGUGGUGCUCGCCCGCGUCUUCUCCUCGGUAGACGCCUCGGGCCCGCGGCCCGUGCUGACGCUCGGCAGCGGUGACCCGACCGCCUGCGCCUCCUUCAGGCCUCCGCCCGAGGCUGAAGAUGCUAUAGUGGACGCGCUCCGAUCCGGGAAGCACAACGGGUACUCUCCGACCGUCGGCGUCCUCCCCGCGCGCCGUGCUAUUGCGGAGUACCUAUCUCAGGAUCUUCCUUACCAGCUUUCACCGGAUGAUAUUUACCUCACUGCUGGAUGCUGCCAAGCUAUUGAUGUCAUGAUCUCCAUCCUCGCGCAGCCUGGCUCCAACAUCUUGCUUCCCAAACCUGGGUUCCCGUUGUAUGAGUCACGAACCAUGUUCAGUAAUCUAGAGGAACGUCAUUUCAACCUUAUUCCUGACCGAGGCUGGGAGGCUGACCUAGAGUCCAUGGAGGCUCUUGCUGAUGAGAACACGGUUGCCAUGGUCAUUAUAAAUCCCAGUAACCCUUGUGGGAGUGUGUACUCACAUGAUCAUUUGGCCAAAAUUGCAGAGACUGCAAGGAAACUUGGAAUAAUAAUCAUUGCCGACGAGGUGUAUGACCAUUUGGCUUUUGGGAAUAAGCCUUUUAUACCAAUGGGUGUCUUUGCAGAUAUAGUUCCUGUGAUCACCCUGGGAUCUAUAUCUAAAAGAUGGCUUGUGCCUGGUUGGCGUCUUGGUUGGAUAGCAACGUGCGACCCGAAUGGCAUCUUAAAGGAAGCCAAGGUUGACAAAUCUAUUGAAAGCUAUAUUAAUAUUACAAAUGAUCCUGCAACAUUUAUCCAGGGUGCAGUCCCUAAAAUAAUAGCCAACACCAAGGAAGAUUACUUCAACAAAAUACUUAAUCUUUUGCGAAACUCAGCAGAUUUAUGCUAUGGUAAAAUAAAGGAGAUUAGGGGCAUUACAUGCCCUCAUAAGCCAGAGGGAUCAAUGUUUGUCAUGGUAAAGCUGGAUCUUUGUUACUUGGAUGGCAUCCUGGAUGAUUUGGACUUCUGCUGCAGGUUGGCAAAAGAGGAGUCUGUAAUAGUGUUACCAGGCAGUGCAUUAGGAAUGAAGGAUUGGAUUCGUAUCACUUUUGCUUGUGACAUACCUACUCUCGAGAAUGCCCUUGAAAGGAUCAAGUCUUUCUGCCAGAGGCAUGCUAAUAAACUGGAAGCAUAAGCAUAGUGAUGGUUGAGUUAUUACUCCGUACGUGGUAGUGCUGAAUGACUUUUAUCAAGCAACUACGCGUUGCAUCACCAGAAGGUUGUUAAUAAAUGAUUAUCUUAUGGUAAAUAAAAUGAAGAAGAUUAUUUGCUUUGCCAUACAUUUA